GUUAAAUGUCAUGUCAUAUGUCAAAUUUGAAAACUGCACAGAACACAGGUCAAGUUUUUAACGGGUUCUGUUUUUUGUUUUGAAUUUUCUUACUGUUUUUCAAUGGGUUUUGCAAUUUUGCGUUAGAGAUUUUCAGUUUAAAAUCUGCCAAUAAACUUAUAUUAUUUAGCAUGAACGAUUCAUUUGAGUUAAUGAGUUCAAUGUCUCCAAAAAUUACAAACAAACUAAUGCCUGGAGAAAGGCGAUUUCGAAGAGUUGCAGGUGCAUCAAUUUUGGCUUUAAAAAAGAAUAUCAGACGAAGUUCAAUUUUGGACAAAUCUUUAAACACAAAUAAGAUUGAAAAUUUGAACAUACUUGAGACUUCAAGUACAUCCAGUACAGAAUCAUUUCCAUCUCUUCAACUUAUAGAAUCUCAAAAUAAUUCUAUUAUUUUAAUACCAGACAGUGAUGUUUCGGCAAGUGAAGAUGAAUUGAAAAAAACGGAGGUAAAAUCAGAAGUUAAUCAUUUGUUACCUGAAGACAAAUUAGCUGCAAUUUCAGAUUGGGUAUCAAAUAUUAACGUUAACGUAGAAAAUAGUACAAUUUCUUCCGUAUAUACCGAACUAUCGACAAUAUGCGGCACCGACUUUGCUAAUGAAUUAUUAGAAAAAGAAAAAGGUCAUGCUGUAAAUUCGACUUUUGUGAACGGUCAUGACAAAAAGUUUGAGGAAGUGUUCGGUCGAAAAAACAAUUUUGAAUUCGCUGAGGAGAGUAAUUCAAGUGAUGAUAAUGUUAAGAAUGUAAUCGAGGACUCGUUUGAAAUUUUAAAUCAAAGUUUACGCACACGAUUGAAGAUUUCCAGGAUAAAUGAUAAACUUGAGUCGGAGAUACCUAGUGUAAAUAAUAAAGCCGAUGGUGAUGGAGGAACUCAAUUAAAUGAUGAUAAGUGGACAUCCAUACAGUUUUCAGAAGAAUCUACAAAUACGAUUGACGAAUCAUUUAAAAAUCUGGUGAUCGAGGAAUCCUUUAAAAUUAAAACUGAUAACUAUGAAACUCCUCUGAAGAAUACUUCUAUAAAUAAAUGGAAAGCCGUAGAAAUAUCAGACGAUUCUGGUGAGGAUGAAAGUGUUGCAGAAAAUAUGUUAGAUCAGUUGUACGGCAAUUCUUGGAGAAUAAACAAGGAUUUAGUAUUAUCGAAAACGGAACCCAGGAAGACAGUUAAACAACCCGAUAUCAGAAAUUUAGCCAAGACACAAUGCAAACCAAAAUUCUCUCUUCUAUAUAAAAAUCCGUAUUUGGAUACGGAAAAAGCAAAAUCCCAAUAUUUAUUAAAUUCCAAUCACAAAUCUGCUAAUUCAAUUCAUUUAGCAAGAAUCAAAAGUUUAUGCGAUUCAGACACAAAUUCGGACAAUUCGAUAAAGAAAAAAGUGCCCCGUACUAAGUUAAAUUUUGACGACUCCAGCGACGAAAACGACGCAAAAUCGAAAUAUUUUGAAACAAAAAAUAUUUAUAACAAAGAAAAUGUCGACUUUAAUAAUGUAAAUACCAGAUGUAGGCGUAAAACUACAAAAUCUGCAAAGAAGAGUGCCGAAAUUGAUUCAGACGACGAAUUUACGUUCAACAAAAAAUUACAAAUAAAUUCAAAAAUUAAAUCGAAGAGGAAUAACAAUAAAAAACUAUCGAGCAGUAGUUCAGAGAAUGACGGUAAUAACAGUAGUAACGAUAGAGUUACAUCUAAACCUAGUAAUAGUAAUAAUUUAAAAAUAAUUCCAAAGAAAAAUAUCGAAUCUAAGACUAAAAAACCACCUUCAACUGAUAUAAUAAGUAAAAAUAGUGAUGACGAAUGGGAAGACGAGGUUAGAGGGAUAGAGAGAAGACUGACGAUUGCCGAUGAUGGGACUUAUAGUUUUCUUGCGUCUUUAUCAGGAAACGUGCCAAUAUCAAAAUGCGACGCCUCGGCUAGAAUAUUUAGAAACAAUUAUAAAACUUACAAAGAUCAACUAUUAAAAAAACUAUUCAAUUUAUACAACGAGAAAGUUUUCGAUAACGUCCUUCCUCGCGAUAUGCUUUUGGAAUGGGGUUGCCGGAUGAGAAAAACGGCCGGAUUUUGUUAUUGCAAAAAAAUCACUAGAAGUAAAGGACACAUCGAGAGAUCCGCUAGGAUAGUGUUGUCCGUUAAAGUGGUGGAUACGGCGGAUAGGUUGAGAGAUACAUUAAUACACGAGAUGUGCCAUGCUGCGACUUGGAUUGUUAGCGGUAUAUCCGAUGGGCAUGGAGAUUUUUGGAAAGCUUGGGCCUUCAAAGCAAUGAAGCAAUUCCCCGAGAUACCUCCAAUCAAAAGAUGUCACAAUUAUGUAAUUAAUACGAAGUAUACAUAUAAAUGUACGGAUUGUGGUUAUAGUAUUGGACGCCAUUCAAAAUCGCUAGACAUAGAAAGAAAACGAUGCGGAUAUUGUUACGGAAAAUUCGAAAUUUUGAUAAACAAAACCAACAAAAACGGAGAAACCAAAGCCGUAGCUGCGACUCCUAAAAAAGAACCGACCGGUUUUGCGAUAUUCGUCAAAGAAAAUUACAGCGUGCAUAAAAAUCCGCUAAUCAAACACGGUGAAGUUAUGAAGGUUCUCGGUAGGAAAUUCAAAGAGUUGCAAGCGACUAAAAUAUGAUGCAAUAUGGUGAAUUUUGGUUUUUAAAGAUGAACUUUUAUUUUGUACAGAUUUUUUUGACUGCAAAAAAGUGAAAUAUAGUACAAUUUUUUUUGCAAGCGUGCCAAUAACAGAAAUGUCAUUUGACCCUAUAUGGAUAAGAAAAGUAGACUCUAAGUCAAAUGUGUCAAAUCUAAACAAAGAAAACAAUUGUUAUAUUAAUAUUAUGUAACUGUUCUAUGUUUAAAUUAUUAUAAACCAAAUUAUUUUUUUAAAAUUGAUGAAAUUCAUCGAAAUCUUGUUUGGAGAAAAAUUUUAAACAGAGACAAAACUGUGGACUGUGUUUCCGAUAUAAUUGUCAUUAUGUUACUAGGUAUGAAAAUAUUGUAUGAGUAAAAGAAGAAGGGGGUAUAUUCGAGAAAUAUCAUUCCAUGUCAAGAAAAAUCUGGACAAUUCGAGACUAUAAGUCGAUGAUCCGGACAAUGACUAGGGCUAAAAAAUAAUCGAUUAAUCUAUAAUUUUCGAUAAUUUGACAAUUUUAUGUAAAUCGAAUAUUCAAUUAAUCGCUUAUUUUCGGUUUAACGAUUAAUCGCGAGAUCGAAUAGUUUCCAUUAAUCGAUUAUUUUGGAUUAAUCAAUUAUUUUAGAUUAAUCUGCUUUCAAAUAAUUGAAUAUUUUCGAUUAAUUGAUAAUUUUAGAUUAAUCAAUGUUUUUGAGUAAUUGAAUGUUUUCGAUAAAUUGACUACGAUCAAUCUAAUAUUUAUUAAAACGAUUAAUUUCGG